ACUUCCCGUGCAUGAACUCUUUCGACGACGAGGACGCAGGGGACAGCCGGAGGCUGAAGGGGGCCAUCCAGAGGAGCACGGAGACGGGCCUGGCGGUGGAGAUGCCCAGCCGGACACUGCGCCAGGCCAGCCACGAGUCCAUCGAGGACAGCAUGAACAGCUAUGGCUCCGAGGGCAAUCUUAACUAUGGGGGAGUUUGUCUGGCAUCGGAUGCCCAGUUCAGUGACUUCCUGGGCAGCAUGGGGCCAGCACAGUUUGUGGGCCGCCAGACCCUGGCCACCACGCCAAUGGGGGACGUGGAGAUCGGCUUGCAGGAGCGGAAUGGUCAGCUCGAGGUGGACAUCAUCCAGGCUCGGGGACUGACGGCCAAGCCAGGCUCCAAGACACUGCCAGCGGCCUACAUCAAGGCCUAUCUGCUGGAGAAUGGCGUCUGCAUUGCUAAGAAGAAGACCAAAGUCGCUCGCAAGUCACUGGACCCGCUGUAUAACCAGGUGCUGCUGUUUCCCGAGAGUCCCCAGGGCAAAGUUCUGCAGGUGAUCGUGUGGGGGAACUACGGGCGGAUGGAGCGGAAGCAAUUCAUGGGUGUGGCCCGCGUACUGCUGGAGGAGCUGGACUUGACCACCCUGGCCGUGGGCUGGUACAAGCUCUUCCCCACCUCCUCCAUGGUGGACCCAGCCACGGGACCCCUGCUUCGGCAGGCGUCCCAGCUGUCCCUUGAGAGCACCGUGGGGCCCUGUGGUGAGCGAUCUUAGUGCUAGGGAUGGGGAGGGGCUCCCCAAGAUGGCCUGGAGACUGCCCAGCCCCGACCUGGGACCCCAGGCCCAGGGGCACAUUGAACGGAGGAGGAUGGGGUUCUCCCCCACAGAGGGGAAGCAGAAUGGGGAGACCUGACCCCCAGGGCCCCUCCUCACCCCUUCUUUGCCUCCUACCCCCUGAGACCUUCCCUCUCCCAAUGGGAUUGGCUGCACUUUUGACUUGGCCAGUUCUUGACCUGGUGGAUGUGGCUGCAAUCUGGAGAAAGGAAAGACUGAGGUGGCAGAGCAAACCAUUCUCCUGCCCCAGACACUGUCCGACUGCUCCCCCUUUUUGCCUCCUUGGAAGCUCGCUGCCCGGAGCCAAGUCCAGAACCCAGCGGCCAUCUCCAUGGUGCCAAUUACCAGCAAGUGUCUUUCCUGCGGCACCGGGUUCAGGCAGCUACUCCUGCCCCGUAGCCAAUGGGGCAGCUUUGCAAGGAUCCGGAGCCAGCUCCGGGGCCCCAGAGCCUCCCACUUGAAGAGGAGCUCAGGCCUCCCUCCACCUGCCUGUGGAAGGAGCUUUGCCGCAGCCUGUUCGAGUCCAUCUGUUUGUCCCCUCCUGCCUGCCCCUCUUCUGGUGGCUCUAGGAGUUGGGGUCCAGCAGGGACCAAAGGAAAGGAGGAGGUUCUCAGGGCCUGGCACAGACCCCCAGGGGGCCUGGCUCUGUGGGAUUGCAACAAGCUAGUUUGCAAACCAUUGGUAGACUGGAAAGAACAGUGUUGUCUUUGUUUUGCUGGAGGAGCUGUUGGACCCUGAUUUUCAAGAACCCUAGCCUCAGAGGGUUUACCAUCUCUGAAUCUUGGGGAUGCUGGAUUGGAGAGGGAGUCUAAAGAAAGCUGAGAUUGGGGCUGGUGGUGCCAAGGCGAGGGCUUCCCAAGUAGGAGAAUCCCUCCUUGUUGGAUGAGGUCAAAGGUCAUCUUGUCUGUCCCUCUGCCUCCAGGCUAGAGGUCUGGGGAGGCAACAGAACUCCCCAAUUUUAGUCUUUUUAAACAAACCAUCCUGUGCUAAGGGCAGAAUCCACCGCCCUGGCCUCAGUAACCUUGGCUCACGGAGAGAAACAGAGUGAGAAGAGGCGUGAGUGUAUGAGUCGGGAGAUUCCUUCUCUAGCAGGCCUGGGUAGCUGCCUGCCCGGCCCAGCCCGGCCCUCCCCUCCCCGGGACCUGCGGAAGCCCCUUUGCAUGCUGGGGAGGACGCAGGCUGGCCCCUCACUGUAGAAGCACAUUUCUGCCCCCUCCCCUGGGAGGCACCCAGCAGCCCACUACCCACCACCCCUCAUUACCCAGUCCUGCUGUGUAGGGCGUAGUCCAGGUUAGCUGGGUAGAGUUAGCGUGCCAGGCCCUGGGCCUGGUCUUAGCUCACAUCGAGUCCUUACAGAGUCCCGGACAGGGGCGGGAGGAAACAUAGUGCAUUCCAGGAGAUGGCCUUCUCCUCGCUGGCCUGGGCCUGGAUCCGGAGCCUGAUCCACAGGAGGCCGGCGCCGCCUCCUCCCCCUCCCCCUCACACCCCUUCCCCAUGUAGGGUUGUAGCUGGACCUGCCCACAAUACUCAGAUGUUCUGAUUUAUUACCCUUGAUACUGAUUUUAUUUAGGAAGCACUCCUGAGGAUGUGGGCCUUGGCAGAGAGGUCCUGGGCUCCAUCAGAGGAGAGCAUUUUCCAUUGAAGAUGCCUGGCUGUGUUGGGUCCCACCUUGUCCCUGGUCCCUCUCUAGGCUACUUGACCAGGUGAUUCCUUCCGCCUGGAAAUCGCCCCACCCCUCAGCCUGUUUCAGCCCUGGACCUCCUUUAAAGUUAUUGCACCUCCAUGCGCUGGGAAGGGGAGACGGAGGUGCCCCUUUUAUCCAGGUGGCCGGCAGACCUUCCUGGGAUUGCGGCGCUGGAAUCCCAAGGUUGGGGUAGGAAGUAGCAGGGCUCUGGAGGGACUCCCAUCAGAGGCUUAGAAUCAGCCCCUCCCCCAUGUGUUUUUUUUUAAACCAGUGUGAUUUCUCUGCCGUUCGUUUAUUACUCACCAUUUGGAAUAUUUUGAGCCAGGAGAGCGCCUUCUCUCUCCAGCUGGCACUGCUCUGGUAGUUCAGGACUAGCUUUUCAAAGAUGGGGCGGAGCCUAGCUGCCCCAUCCAGAGGGAGGCGGGGCGCAGUCUGUGCACCCCAGCCUGAGCCCACCCUCAGGUGUCUGCACAGCCUUUAUAAAGAGAGAGAGCGCUCCAAAGCAAUAACAUCCAGAGGGUGGUCACCGAGGGCCCCCCUCAAUGACUUUCUUGUUUGUUCUGUGAAAUCUCAGCUCACCUCCUGGAGGGGUGGGAGGGGGGCUGGAGCCCUCUUUCUUUGUAUCAUUGUCGUGAGCACAUGGCCGCCUUCCGAGGGGGCUCUGAUCAUUUGGCGUGGGAAUCACCGUCUGUCCUCACCAAGGGAUAGGGGUUUGGGAAGGGGCUGAUGAUUCUCAUUAUUAGAUUUGGGGAACCUUAAAGCCCACUUCUGUCUGAUCCUUUGCCAGCUCAAACUCCACCAUCUGGAGAGAAGCAGAGUGUGGAGCUGGGGGGAUUAGGGGUGGGGGUGCUGGGGUCUCUAGGGAACAAUUCGCUUUUCAGUCUCUGGGCUGGAGGUCACAUGCAGGGGUACCAUGGGAGGGAGUCAUUGCCACUUUCCUUCUCCAAAAUCUGCCUGUCAUACUAAAGGGAAAGGGCUUUGGGACCAUCAGUGGAGUCAUUUCCAUUUUACAGAUGAGGAGACCGAGGCCCAGGGUGGGGAAGAGUCACCUCUGGGGUCCCCUGUGAGUUUAUGUCUCCCCCUGCCUGGGUCUCCUCGUCCACCCGAGGCUGAGCUGGAGACAGGGCAGGACAAGGUGGGGCCGCUAUUUCCCACAACAUUGCCUCCGCCCUUCCCUCCCUGGAGCCUCCCAGGGGCCUUGAAUAGAUGGGCAGGGUGAACUGUAGCCCAUCUGAGAGGGGAGGAGUCUGCGGCUUCAAAUCUGGAAGUGACUUGCCCAAGACAUGACCCAUCAGCAAGUGAGCCGUGGGGCCAGAGCGGGGGGCCCACUGUGCUCCCAUCUUAAUGGGACAGGAGCCCGUUGCUCCAGGGCACAUCUGCCAUGAUAAAUAUCUGUGGCCUUUAAGCCCUGGGCCACCCAGCCCUACUUGGUUCCACCUCGAUGGGCCAGUAACUUUUCUGGGCCAUGGUUUGGAGGAAAAGUUUGCCAUAGAGACCUUGUUCUCCUGGGGGCCUGGCCUGGCUGACUGAGGCUGUGCAGGAUUUGGUCCAGGCCUUGAUGUCUAAGUGGGGGCUCCCACUGAGGGGCCAUCGUCCCUCCAGGGCCAACUUGAGGGAGGCAAGACACCAGGCCCUCCCUGGGACUGUGUGGGAGUGAGGCGGCUAUGGACCACCUCAUCUUAAGGAAAUCCUCACCAAACCUUCAGAUGUGAUAACACUGAUCUUCCCAUAGUGCUUUGCAAACCUUUUUGUUCUCAAAGUGCUUUUACCUCGCAGAUACCCUCCCAGGAGCCCCUAAGCAGUUGGUGGGGGCCUGUGUUAUCAGCCCUGUUUUACAGAAAAGGAAACUGAGGCCCUGGGAGGGGAAGGCACCUGCUAAGGUCCAACUAUGAGUUGGCAGCUGAGCCUGGACGAGAACUCUGUUCUCUAACAGUUGAGAGAUCUUUCUUUGACCUGGGGUGAAGCAAAGAGUUGAGGUCAUGCACUUUGCAAGUUGAUUUACCACCCAUUUCCCUGAAGCAGGCGCUCACAGGGACACCCAGGUGCUCAGGGCAGCUCUGAGCCUCGCUGCUCUUGGAGCACAGCUGCUGCGUCCGGCAAGGCCACCUGCAUUUAUUUACUGAGCAGCAGCGCUGUGCCAGGCCCGGGGGACUGGGGUGCCCCACUUCCAUCCCCCGUUCCCCUGUCACGACUCCCUUGGGCUCCGGGAGGCCCCGUGUCUGUAUAGCAGCACCUCCGAGCAGACAGGAAGCUUCCAUGUCCACGAGCUCAUCCAACUCUCCAGCUCUGUGUGGGAGGCGCUGACUGCCCGUUUGAUUCAGCUUCUGUGAGGAUGAAGUGAAGACUUGAACCCGGGGCCUCAGGCAUCCUCUCGAGCCCUUUUCCUCUACCACUGCCCCCUGAGAGGGUGGCAAGAAGGCUGGACCCCUGGUUUUCAGGCCCACUCUCCGCUCACUCACCUUUCCCCUUUCCCUCUCUGGGAGCAGAAGCCCCUCGGGCUUUGGGGGAGGGAGGGUUUCCAGGGCCCCUGGGUUGGAGCAGGUCACGUUGCAUUGUGUUCAUGACCAUGUAGCUCAUGUUGAAAAUUAAAGUUUUUGGCUUUUCUAACCUGGCUUGCUCUGCUUUGUGUUGACACAGUUCAAUUUGGGACG